CCACCUUCCAGAAAUUGCUCCUUCCUCUUUUGGUCGGGUCUUCUUACCUUGUUGAUACUUCACUCACUUACCUCGUGGAGUCGUGGUGGUCAUCAUAUAAGACCUGAGGCCCCUCACUCCAGAGUCCAGGAAAACAUCAGCCCUCAGCGCCGUAUCACAAGCAUCGUUAGUCACCAUGGUAGCCCUCACCAACCUCAUCCUCACCACCGUCCUCGCCUCCGCCGGCCUCGGGUCUGCCCUGCCCCCGCGCAUCGGCAACACCGUCAUCGAGGCUCGGGAGCCGCAGCCACUCAGCGGCGGUAAAAUUACGCUCUCCCAGCAGCGUAACCCCCGCCACCACAAGAAGUUCAACGGCGCCCUCUCCGUCUACAAGACCCACCUGAAAUACGGCGCCCCCGUACCCGACGACCUCCUCCAAGCCGUCGCCGACCACCUUGGCCUCUCAACCGAGGACGUCCAGGGAGGAGAAGAAGGCUCAGCACCCGCCAACCCCAUCGACCAAUACGACUCAGCCUACAUCACCCCCGUCUCCAUCGGCACCCCCGCGCAGACCCUCAACCUCGACUUCGACACCGGCUCCUCCGACCUCUGGGUCUUCUCCAACUCCCUCCCCGCAAGCCAGUCAGCCGGCCACACGGUCUACAACCCCAGCGGCUCCUCCACAGCCAAGAAGCUCACCGGCGCCACCUGGAGUAUUUCGUAUGGCGACGGGUCGUCGUCUAAAGGCCAGGUCUACCUGGAUAAGGUGACGAUCGGAGGCCUGACGGUCAGCAACCAGGCGGUGGAGACGGCGCAGCAGGUGAGCUCGAGCUUUACGGCUGAUACGGCUAUCGAUGGGCUGGUUGGGUUGGCUUUCGGGAGCUUGAAUACCGUCCAGCCGACGCAGCAGCAGACGUGGUUCGAGAAUGUGAUGAGCCAGUUGGAUGAGCCGCUGUUUGCGGCGGAUUUGAAGUAUGGUGCUUCCGGCACCUACGACUUCGGCUACAUCGACCCAGCCAAGCACACGGGCAACAUCACCUACGUGCCCGUCAACACCAACCCGGGCUACUGGACCUGGACCUCGAGUGGCUACCAAGUCGGCUCCUCGUCCUUCGUCUCGCAGUCCAUCACCGGCAUCGCCGACACGGGCACCACGCUCGUGUACCUGCCCAACGCCAUCCUGCAGGCGUACUACAAGCAGAUCCCCGGCGCCACUAACAGCCGGUCGUACGGCGGGUAUGUGUUCCCCUGCUCCGCCGCCAUCCCGGAUUUCACCUUCGGGGUGGCCGCGGCCAGGAUCACGAUCCCCGGAAAGUUCAUCAACUUCGGCCCGGUGACGGAAGGGAGCUCAAGCUGCUUUGGUGGCCUGCAGAGUAGCAGCGGGGUGGGCAUCAAUAUCUUUGGCGAUGUGGCGCUCAAGGCGGCGUAUGUGGUGUUUAAUGGGGGCGAGACGCCGAUGCUGGGGUGGGCUUCCAAGAACCUGUAGGAGUCUUGGCUGUUGACUGUUCAGUCUGUUAUGACGAGGGGAACGCUUUGACGAAGUUAGCAUGAUGUUUCUAGUAUUCCGUAGUGUUUAGUUU